AUGGCGCUACAAGUCGACGUUCAUUCCAUACGAAAACACUUGCUCAACGCGACAACGCGAUUGACCAAACUCCAACUUUACCAGGCAGCCAAAUGGUCGGCCGAGGCCUUGAAUGGUUUACGCAAAUCCGCCAACGAUGACCCUCAAACCCCCAGUGCGCCCGCGCCUUUGCUUGGGCCGGAAGACCUAGAAGAUCAGGAGAAAUUGCUACUUGCCCAGGCAUACUUCAACUGCAAGGAGUUCCAACGAGCAGCGCAGGUGUUGGAGGAUUGCAAAAGCGGAGACGCGAUUUUUUUGAAAUUGUACUCGACGUUGAUCUCUAUUGACAAGCGAGAUAGUGACAAGGGGGACGGGUUGAUUAUUGCGCGGCUGCAGAGCCAAGUGAAUGUCAGUCGAGGGGCAAACGACUUGAACACGGACCAGGGCAAAACGGACAACCACGACACCAGCGCGGACUCGAAGCUAACCGAUGCCUUGAUGGAAUCGGAGAGCUAUUUGGCCUCGAAGGAAAACGCAUUCUUGUACUAUUUCAGCGGGAUGGUGUACAAGAGAAAGAAGUUGCAGCAGGAGGCCCAGAGGAGUCUAUACCAGUCGCUCCUCUUGUUUCCCUACAACUGGUCGUGCUGGAAAGAGUUGAUUGACUCCUUCACCACGUUUGAAGAAGCCAAGAACUUUGUUGCGAGGGCGGUCAAAAGGAACGAUAGCCUCUGCGGCACAGUCAUGUUCCAGUUUUUUGAGAUGACCAUUUUGCAGGAAGCACAAUCGCGGUCGCCUCGGUUGUUUCAGAUAAUAGACGAGCUCGAGGACCUUUUCCCCAAAAUGGUGUUUGUCAAGGAGAAGAGGUUUUUAACGUUGUACAAGAACCUUCAGUAUUUCGAGGCCGAGGCCAUCUUUGACGAGAUCUUGAUCGAGGACCCGCUUCGACUAGACGGACUAGAUACUUACUCCAACAUGUUGUACGUGAUGGAAAAGAAGGCCAAGUUGUCGUAUUUGGCGCAGUACGCGUCGCAAGUGGACAAGUUGCGGCCCGAAACGUGUUGCGUUUUAGCCAAUUACUACUCCAUCAACAGCGACCACGAAAAAUCCAUCAUGUACUACCGGCGCGCUUUGAUGUUGGACAAGGACUGCUUAAGCGCAUGGACGCUAAUGGGACACGAGUUUGUGGAGUUGAAAAACUCGCACGCCGCGAUUGAGUCCUACCGGAGAGCCGUCGACACCAAUCCGAAAGAUUUCCGGGCAUGGUACGGCUUGGGGCAAGCUUACGAGGUGUUGGACAUGCACUUGUACGCGCUUUUCUACUAUCAGAAAGCCACCAACCUUCAGCCUUUGGACAAGCGGAUGUGGCAAGCACUAGGGAACUGCUAUGAGAAGAUUGACCAGUUAGACGACGCGUUUAAGUCGUUCCAAAAGGCGUUGGACGUGGGCAAGUGUUCUCCUGGCGAUAUAGUGCUGGAUAAGCAUCUCACUACCGAAGACAGCAUGCAGUUGCAGUUGGGCGACGAUCACAGCGCCGAGUACCUGGUGGAGCCGCACAUUUGCUUUCGUCUCGCCAUGAUUCUGCAGAAGAAGGGCGACUUGAAAGCGACGCGCAAGUACAUGGAGCUCUGCUAUGCGCAAGAGAAGCACUGGGGUGCUGGGGACGAGGCGGCGCGGGCGAGAAUAUGGCUCGCCAAGGAUGCAUUGAGCAGUGGCGAUCCGCAAGCUGCAUACGAGAUGGUGAACAACUUGAAUUACGGCGGUGCUCACGAGGUGGAAGAAGCAAGAGCUAUCGCGAGGGAUGCUCGCAAUAGGAUGCCAAAGUAA